AUGGCAGCCUAUUCUAGUUCGAUACCUGUUGGUGCAUCUUCAUCCGUGCCUGUGAUUGUACCUCAGGAAACGGUGGUUGCUUCCCCGUCCUUCGCAGUUGAUCUCAACUGCAGUGGUGACGGAGAAGUUGGUAUUAUUGAUAGGGCGCCGAUUUCAUUACAGCAUGGGGCACCGGAUGGUAUAGACGAUGCAUUGCCGGAUGAUGAUGACGCUGAUGAUGUGGAGUCGAACAUUAUUGCCGAUGAUAGCGGGGAUGACAUAGCAGCGAGUAAUCCAACUAGGGCUGGCAGAGAGGGGAUUCCUGGCGAACCUAUUGGAUUUGGUGCCAGAGAUACUCAGGGUACCGAAAGUCUAUCAGAGUUUCAGGUUGGUCAGCAGUUUCAGGAUAAAGAGAAGGUCGUGUUAAGCGUGAAAACAUAUAGCAUCCGACGUGGGGUACAGUACAAAGUGGUGGAGUCUGAUUAUUGCAAGUACCUUAGGAAGUGUACGGAAUUCGGUAACGGGUACACAUGGUUGAUUACGAUCGGUCUCCGCCAGCGUAGAGGUAUUUGGGAGGUAAAAUGGUAUAAUGGACCUCAUACUUGUCUGGCCACGUCGAUCUCAAGCGAUCAUAGGAGUUUUGAUUAUCAUGUGAUAUCGGCCUUCAUACUGCCAAUGGUUAGAGCUGAUGCACCCGUCUGUAUCAAGGUACUGCUGAAUGCGACAAAGGCACAUUUCGGGUUUAGGCCAACUUAUAGGAGGAUUUAG